AUCAAUGCGAAGCAUCGACUCUGCUUGAACAUCUUGACAAGCUGCCGUCACAGCAGGCUAUCCCAUCUACCUCGUAACAUGCGACUGAAUGUGAGACAUGACUUCGCCGAGUCAACUGCGGAUUGACGUUGGCAGCGAUCCUCCAGUCCCUCAAAUCGCAGCGCUCUUCCUCGUUAACUUUGACAACCGCAAAGGUUACACGCUAGGUUGGCACAAGACAAUAGACAACGUGCAGAUUGAAGGCGUCGUCGAGUUCAAGUCACUGCCCUCGGGCUUACACAAUGUCGAGGAAGACUUGGUGUGAGUGUUGUGUCAUAAGGAUCUGAAAGAGACGCUGAAGCCGUGAAAGGUAUUUCAUUCACGACGAUUAUGCUGGCCUCAGUGCCUUUGUCAAAAAGCCAGAUGAGGAGUCCGAAAGGUCGGCUCGAAUGCUAGCUGUGGGUGUACUUGUCCCAUUGGAACAUGGUCGCAUAGGGCGAAUUUGGCGCCACGCCAUCAGCCUACAACAGCUUGCAAGAGCCCAAAUCAAUGAUUUGAGGGAUACUACCCUCCUAGAGGAGUACUGGAACAAACAGAGACUUCAACCAGACGACUCGGCCAUUCAAUCACCAGUUGAAGCCAACGGCAAACAGUCUAACGGCUACCGAAAAGCUAGGUCAAUGAGUGCGGCGACUACAUCCAUGCCUACUCAACAUAGACUCAUGCCUCACCAUCCCGCUGCUACACUACUCGAUGCUCUCAGGACUUUUGGUCCGCUUAUAUUUCCCGUAUAUCGUGCUGCGCUGCUGCGAAGGCGUAUAUUGAUAAUAACAGAUACCCCUGUUGAGUUCUGCUGUAAUCUAGUUUAUAUUAUUUCGAUCUUAUCGUCGGUUUCAAAGUCGCUAUUAUCGCAAUUGCCUUCCUCCGAAGCGCCCGAACCAUGGUUGAAGCCUUUGUACACGGUUGGAGUGCUGGACAUUCCGGAACUGGAAAAGACCGAGCGCUGGAUCGCUUGCACUACAGACGAUGUGCUGAGUACCAAGCCGCAUUUGUAUGAUGUCUUAGUGUUCAUGCCACGCUCGGGACCAGACCACGCUCCACAAAAGGCCUUUCCACGUAUUGUCCGUUCGACACCACAACUAAGCAAGGGCUUUCCCACCACAAGUACCAAGGCCAGUGAGCGAGAUUUCAAUCGUUUCGUGCAUCUUCAACAGGGGCUACAUAGAUAUCCACGGUGCCACAUCGGAAUAGACGACACAGACGAGGAGCAAAACGACGACGCCGCGUCAGUUUCUUCUCAUUCCUCGGCGUACUUUGACAAUAAGGCUGUCAUCGAACCAGCUUCGUGGUCGAAAGUUGCCUAUACUUCUCUGGUGUGGUGGGCUUCUGCUGGCGAUAGACGAGCUGGACUGACAGACUCGGAAGAAGGCGAGAGCGAACAAGAUCUCUCCCUCCUCCAGGGUGAACACGAUGAUCAAACUCAGGAAGUAGCUCUUGUUGCAUACUUCCAUCAAAUGACCGCACGUCUUUUUGACACCGUUGCCGCGGCUGUAGCAAGGGCAGAUGGAGGAGAAGUCCACGAAGCAUAUCAUGACGAGAGUGAUAACGACGAAAGUCCACCUGGUGAAGUUUCCGAAUAUCAAAUGGGCUCUGAAGAUCGAGAAACAGAACAUCUCCUCUCGACCAAAGACGAACAGCCCGAUAUUGAGAUUACCCAAGAAGACAUGGUGACUAUGGGAUUGGACAGCUGGAGCGCAUCCGAUAAGAAGUUCGUCGAGGAAUUCAUUCAGCUUUGGUGGGGAAGAAAAGCGGCCGUCCAUGCGGCAGUCAUUGAAUGUUGUGGGUUGAGAAUAUUAUGAGAAGAUGAUUCCCUUGUCUUUGGGUCUUUCUGCUAUUCUCAUAGAGACUGAAAGAGAACAUGCUGUACAAUAUAUCUCUUCAGCCUCUCCUCGUAGCCUUUUGCGUCUGUACUCCGUACACUGUAAAUAUAUGAACACGGUCGGACACGCGACGGCAUUUCAGGACCGGCCUCGAACCCCGGAACUAAAC